AUGUUGGUUGUGAUACUUCUGAAUUUAGUUCUUGCAAAAGAUGCUGUUAGCCAAGGACUAUCCCCUAAUGAACAGAUGUUUACGAUCAUUGGUCUUAUUUUUGGAUCGUCUGUAGCAACUCUCGGCUUGUUAAGUUUUAUAUAUUUCACAUUGAAAUUCAUCAAAAGAAAAAUGUCUGAACCUCAGUAUGUCAUUGACAAGGUAUCCGAUCGUAAAGAUAAUCAGGCAAUUCAUCCUGUUAAUGAUGAUUUCAUUGUUCAAAUUCCGCAUAUCAGUCAAAUUCAACCAGUUUUAAGCAUUCCAUACAUGUAUUCUUCGGUCAAACAGUCGUUAAGUGAUUUACGCACGACCUUGGUGCCAUCCAGUUGGUCGCGCGUUCAACAUUUUUACGAUUCAACUCCAAAGAAAACGGAUUUGCCUACUUAA